UAUAAAAUGGGCCUGCUGCUGUUGCGGCGACCUCCUCCCGCAUUCGCGCGCCCCUCCUCCUCCUCUACGUCGCCUCCACCCAAACCCUAACCCUAGCUGCUCCCACGCCGCCACCGUCGUCUCCGUCGCCCAGCGGCCCCAGCCUGCCGGAUCUCCGCCGUCCACUUCCCUGGCGUCUUCGUCGUCGUCCUCGCGUGCACAAGGCAAGAGGAGCGCCCCCACCCUCUCCUCUCCUCCUCUCCUCAUCACGAGCCAGGAGAACGAGGGCCACGUUGGCCGAGCAGGUCAGGCGGCGCAUCCAGAUCACCGCGGAGCCACCCCCAGAUCCCUUCCCUCUCAAGCGGCGACCCGAAGGUGAACUACAGCGACGACGUGAACUCGGCGGUCACUGCAACGACCCAUCCACGGCAUCCCUUCUUCUCUGAAAACGGCCUAAUCACUGGAUUCAGAUGACCAAAAUCUGGGCUGCAAACCAUCCAGAUGCUUCAGGAUUCAGAUGACCAAUGUUUUGGGCUGCAACCUUGAGAUGGUUGACAAGCAGGUUGACUCGGGGCAGAGAUCGAUGAGGGAAUCAGAGAAAGAUCAAGUUGGUGGCCUGAAGUCCCUGGAGAAAGAGGAGGAAUCAAAUGCAUGGUUGACUCAACCCAAUCCAAGUCGGCCGGGCUGCAGUUUCAGUACAAUGAAGAUGACAUAUCCAACAUGGUAUCCUUUGCGGAUGAAGAACAUGAGUCAAGAGGCAUGUAUAAUGCCAGCUAUUUGCUAUCCAGAAUGCCAGCUAUUGAUUUGAUGACUCAUUGGGAUUUGAGCAAUAUGUGGACUAUGCAUGGGACGUCCCGAUGUAUUUUGUAUACCGGAACAAGAAUUACAUUGACUGUACUGGAAUGUCAUUUUGGAUCUCUUCCUGUCUCUAAUAUCUUAGCUUUCAUGGCAGGAAAGCUCCCACAGGUUCCAAGGGAGAUGCCCACUUUGAUUGAUUGGGAGAACCAUCUAACGACAAUUUUUCCUGAGGUUAGGUUGAAGAUAUACCUGGAGAUGGGAGGUGCUGAUGGUGGACCUUGGAUGAGAUUGUGUGCUUUGCCUGCAAUUUGGGUUGGGUUGUUGUAUGACGAUGAAUCACUACAGAGCAUUAUUGACAUGACUGCUGACUAGACAAAGGAAGAAAGAGAGAUGUUGAGACGGAAGUGCAACAAUUCGCUUUGUUCUAAUUCGCACUUCGGUUGGAUGGCUGGAGCGGUCGUGAGGAGAGGAUUGGCCAAAGCUCUUUCACUAAAAAGGACUGUUUCAAUACUACAUUAUGAGGGCAAGAUCAUCCAAUGGGGCCAAUCACCAACACCAUGCUCCUCCAAAGGCAUUUGAUUAAGUCAAAGGCAACAUGAAGGUAUGACAACGAUCAAGUUCCUUAAGUUGAUUGGUUUCUUUUUGUGCAUUCCUUUUUCUAUGGUCUCAUUUGGCAUUCCUCCUCAUGGCUAUUAUGUUGUACCUUUUGGGUUGUUAGAUGCUUCACCUCGGCAGCAUGGUUAGAUUUCUUGCUUUCUCCAUGUGAAUUUUUCCAAAAAACUUCUCUAUUUAAGGAACCAUUUUUGCUUAUCUAUGUAGAAAGAGAAGGGUGAAAGUGAUCUUUUCCCAAGGUAAUCACCACUGUUUAUUUUAGGCUUAUGUGCCUGAUGGUUUUUAGGAUCUCUGUGUCAAGAAGGGGAUAUAUCAAAGUAGUGUGUCAUGUUCUAAUUAUAAAUGAAGAGAAGAGAAAGUUGAGAACUUCGUAAUUGCAUAGUAAUCAUGGCUAGAUCGUAGAGUUUAGAUAUGUACAAAUGAUUGAUUAAAAAUAUAUUUAUAUUUGCAACAACACAAUGGAUCAUGCCAGGUAAAUAUUUUUGUAGAAUAUAAGUCCGGUUUAGAACUUUUAACCACGACAGCUGAAAAGACAAAGUAAAUACAUCAUAUAUAUUCAGUAUAAUGUAUAUUUAGAUAUUCAUGGCGCUGCAUAAGCAUAAUUCAGUUCCCUGGGAGCACUAGCUGCUGGCGUAUACAUGUAUUUCUUGAUUCUAAUAAGAUGCAGCCAAUCUUAGAAAAUAUAGUAAGCACCUAUCAUGAAAUUUUGAACUGGUGUGAUGUGUCUCUCUGUUAAUAACUAUCAUGCUUGCAUAGCUGGUUGAUUUAUUUGAUUAUAAUCAAACUGGACUGUCAUUAUUUUAAGAACCUGAUUAUUCAGAUGAAAAAUGAUCAAAGAAAUACAUGUACCAAAGUCACAUAUGUUUAGACCAUGAUUAGGCAUACAAUUGCUCCUUCAAAUUAUUGUGAUAUUGUAGUGCUCUUUAGUCUAACAAAUUAUGUAUUGUGGUGCUGCACCUUCUUUUCUCUUCUUUCCAAGACAUACACUCUGCAUGGGAAGUUUCCUACUUGCUAUGAGCUUCAGACGUAUCGGUAGCCGCUACACCUUUCGAUUCUAUGUACUUUUGUUAAUAAUCUGCCUAUAAUUAUAAGAUUUUUUUGCAUGAAUGUAUAUAGCUUUACACCAGGACGCUUUACUUUUGCUAUGACCUGUCAUUUUUGUGAGCGGCAGAUGAUUUUGGCAUUGAUGUUCUCAUGCAAGUCAUCUUAUGUUUGCAAGCCUACUGAUAGAAUAAAGUCAAGAUAGGGCACCACAUGCUUAGGUUGCCACUCCUAUGUUUAUAAGCUUAUAGGAAGCAAACAUUUUCAUUAUCUUUGGCACUUACAUUGUCAUUAUAUUAACUUGUGUAGCAGAGUUUUAAAAUCAGAAUGGGGCAAAUGUGUCUACUAUGACAAAGUGAAGACAAAACGAAUGCAUCGAGUUACUAAUGCAGUGGUUUCAAUGAGAACUGAAACCUUUCACUUUCAAGGUUGGACAUUGAUAUCAACUAUGAAUAUUUAAUCGAGAAAUUCAAUUCAUAUGAAGCGAAAGAAAAGCAUGCAGUUCCUUACAUUGACAGUGAUUAUUAGCCCAUUGUGGUAUUUCAAAUUCUGAUAAAGAAUAUAUUUCAUGACCAAAAUUUGGGAUUUGGAGAAUCUCAGUUCUGAUAUGUACAUGCAUCUCCUUUUAUUUUGUCACGCUACUGAAUGUUCUGA